AUGUGAUGGCAGCCGGGAAGAGGCGCUCCUCACUUCCUAGAUGGGAUGGCGGCCGGGCAGAGACGCUCCUCACUUUCCAGACUGGGCAGCCAGGCAGAGGGGCUCCUCACAUCCCAGACGAUGGGCGGAGACCGGAAGGUUUUUCAAAGGCCUGCUUUAGGAGAGUUGUGUUUACAUGGUAAAGAAGGCGUAUAGGCAGAAGGCCCUCUCCUGCCACCCAGACAAAAAUCCAGAUAAUCCCAGAGCAGCUGAACUCUUCCACCAGCUUUCUCAGGCCUUGGAGGUGCUGACCGAUGCUGCAGCCAGGGCUGCAUAUGACAAGGUCAGGAAAGCCAAGAAGCAAGCAGCAGAGAGGACCCAGAAACUUGAUGAGAAAAGGAAGAAAGUGAAGCUUGACCUGGAGGCCCGGGAGCGGCAGGCCCAGGCCCAGGAGAGUGAGGAGGAAGAGGAGAGCCGGAGCACCAGGACACUAGAGCAAGAGAUCGAACGCCUGAGAGAAGAGGGUUCCCGGCAGCUGGAGGAACAGCAGAGGCUGAUCCGGGAGCAGAUACGCCAGGAGCGUGACCAGAGGUUGAGAGGAAAGGCAGAAAAUACUGAAGGCCAAGGAACCCCCAAACUAAAGCUAAAAUGGAAGUGCAAGAAGGAGGAUGAGUCAAAAGGUGGCUACUCCAAAGACGUCCUCCUACGGCUUUUGCAGAAGUAUGGUGAGAUUCUCAACCUGGUGCUUUCCAGUAAGAAGCCAGGCACUGCUGUGGUGGAGUUUGCAACCGUCAAGGCGGCGGAGCUGGCUGUCCAGAAUGAAGUUGGCCUGGUGGAUAACCCUCUGAAGAUUUCCUGGUUGGAGGGACAGCCCCAGGAUGCCGUGGGCCGCAGCCACUCAGGAGUGUCAAAGGGCUCAGUGCUGUCAGAGAGGGACUACGAGAGCCUCGUCAUGAUGCGCAUGCGCCAGGCGGCCGAGCGGCAACAGCUGAUCGCACGGAUGCAGCAGGAAGACCAGGAGGGGCCGCCUACGUAGCCCCAGCUCCAGCCAUCCACCCCUCAGCCCUUUUCUUCAACGUCACCAAUAAAAUUUUUUUUUUUUUUUAA